AAACACAUGAAUGUCUUUCCAGAAGCCGUGUUAUCUGUGAUGGGUACAUUUUCUGCAUCGUUCGGAAAAUACAGAAGGAUUAGUUUGCUGUGUUAAGUCUCACAGAUGGCCAUUUAGGAAUAAAGCAUUGGUUUUAGCUCACAGUUCAAAGCAGAGUCCAUCAUGAUUGGGAGCUGAGGCAACUCGGCCACACCCCUUCCACAAGCAACAAUGGAAGGAUACAUAAAUGGAUUCUGCUUCUUGGAUCCUUUUCUCCAAUUCUCCAAAGUUCAAUAAUAAUCCAUUUAUGGAAUGGAGCCACCCACGGUAGGCGGGAGGUCCUCAUCAAUUAGCACAACCAAGGAAAAUUUAGAAUUUCUUUUAUAAUAUCAAGAAGACAUUUGGAGCCAAAUAAAUCCUCUGUUACACAAAAUCAAAAAUGGCAUACAGUUGGCAAACAGAGCCAAAUCGCACUGAACCACAGGAAGAUGGAUCUGAUACCCAACAAUUUCACCAUACAAACCAGCACCUUUCUUCCAGUCAAGUCAGGUUGGGUUUUGAUCAGCUGGUGGAAGAGAUCAAUAAUAAGACUCCACUGUCUGAGAGUGAAAAGGAAGAAGACACGUAUUUUGUGCCAGAUGCACCAAACUUGGGUUCAAAAUGGCCAUCCAUAUAUGAAACACACCCAAGAUACUUCAGUGAAUUCACUUCUCAGAGCCCUGACUCCUCCCAGCUUCGGUUUGGAAAACUAUCAGCCAUUGGUUUUAAUCCUGCUGUACUACCAACCCAUCAGCUCAUUCAUGAGGGAGCUUCCUGGAGAAAUCCCAGUGGAAAAUAUCAUGGCAUCGAGUAUCCCAGAUUCGAUGCUCUACCUCCAUCAUCCACUGGCCAGGGUGAGUGUAAUCCACAAGGACAAUCAGGAACCAAACAUCAUAACUACUGUGGAGAACAUGAAGGCAAUCUCCCCCAUCAUCAUUCAUCCUACUCAAUAGACUCCAUACCGAAUAGAGAGAAAAGAAGGAGUGGAGAUGUGAACCUUGUAGAACCUUCUCUGGAGUUCUCUAAAGACUCCUUUCUACCCAGGACAUCGGAGAACGUGUCAGUGGAAAGCACAGAGCCGAUUGGUUGUCCCAUUGAAAUAGUUGAGGUACCCCAAGGGAGUAACAAGAACCUGGCCUCCUUUUGUAACAAAGUAAAAAAGAUAAGAGAAUCGUACCAUGCAAGUGACAUUAAUUCCAAUUCUGGGAAGAUCUGGGCCAUCACCACAGCCUAUCCAUCUCGGCUCUUCGCUGACACCAAAUUCAGAGUAAAAAUUUCUAUUGAUAACUCAGCCCAACUCCUCCUUCUUAUGCCACACGCUAAUUAUCUUGUCAAAGACCUAAUUGCUGAAAUUCUACUUUUAUGUGCAAAUGAGCCGCUUUCCCCCAAAGAGUAUCUUCUAAGUGUAUGCGGUUCUGAGGAAUUUUUACAGAUGGAUCACUCUCUAGGGGGCCACAAAAUAUUCCAGAAAAAUAAAUCUGUCAUUCAACUUCAUCUUCAGAAAAACAGGGACACUCCAGGAAAAUUAUCCCGGAAGAGUGAAGAUGACCACAGUCCGUUUCAUCUGAACCAACUUCUAGAAUUUACACAUAUCUGGAAAAUAUCCCAGAAAGACAUGGAGGAGAAACAUUUGUCAUCCAUGUUUUCUGGUAACCAACACACUUCUCAGCCACAUGUGAAUAAUGUUCUUGAAGAAGUUAAAAACAUAUGCAGUGUUUUGGGGUGUAUUGAAACCAAACAAGUUUCAGAUGCCGUGAAAGAACUAAAUCUAAUUCUGCAGAGACCAUCACAGAAUUUUCAUCAGAAUUCAGAGACUUCAAAAAAAGGCUUCAUAGAGAGAGUGACAGCUGAACUAUCAAGGUCCAUCUAUCAGCUAAUCGACGUGUACUGCAGUACCUUCUGUACAGAUUUCCAGCCUGUGCACACACCCGGAGGUGUCUCCCGUGUCCACGCUGGGCUCCAGUCCCACCUGAGCUUCACGGUGUGUUCCCUGCACAAUGUCCCAGAGACUUGGGCACACAGCUACAAAGCAUUUUCGUUUUCCUGCUGGCUCACAUAUGCUGGGAAGAAGCUGUGCCAAGUGAAAAGCUGCAGACCCCUGCCAGUCACAAAGUCAUUCUCCCUUUUGGUCAACUGGAAUGAAAUAAUCAAUUUUCCUCUUGAGAUAAAGUCACUUCCAAGAGAAUCCAUGCUCAUUAUAAAACUGUUCGGGAUUGACUCUGCCACCCACAGCACAAAUCUGCUGGCCUGGACCUGCCUUCCACUGUUUCCAAGACAGGAGUCUGUGCUGGGGUCUAGGCUGUUCAGUGUGACGUUACAGAGUGAGCCUCCUAUCGAAAUGAUAGCUCCAGGCGUAUGGGAUGGGAGCCAGCCUUCCCCACUGACCCUGCAGAUAGAUUUUCCAGACGCCGGGUGGGAGUAUCUGAAACCUGAGUCUGAAGAGAACAGAACUGACCAUGAAGAGCCGCCAAGAGAGUGUUUAAAACACAUCGCCAAACUCUCCCAGAAGAAGUCUCCCUUGCUACUUUCUGAGGAAAAGAGGAGAUAUUUGUGGUUUUAUCGUCUCUACUGCAACAAUGAGAACUCCUCCCUCCCUUUGGUCUUGGGCAGCGCCCCUGGUUGGGAUGAAGAGACAGUUUCUGAAAUGCAUGCAAUCUUGAGAAGGUGGACGUUUUCACACCCAUGGGAAGCUCUUGGUCUUUUGACUUCCAGGUUUCCAGACCAAGACAUUCGUGAAGUUGCCGUUCAACAAUUAGACACCCUCUUGACUGACGAGCUGCUGGACUGCCUCCCACAGCUAGUGCAGGCUGUCAAGUUUGAGUGGAACCUCGAAAGUCCCUUGGUGGAACUCCUGCUUCGUCGCUCCUUGCAAAGCAUCCGAGUGGCUCACCGUCUGUACUGGCUGCUACGGGAUGCCCAAGGUGAAGCCUACUUUAAAAGCUGGUAUCAGGAGCUUUUGGCCGCUCUCCAGUUCUGUGCAGGAGAAGCCCUGAAUGAAGAGCUUUCCAAGGAGCAGAAACUUGUCAAACUUCUGGGUGAUAUUGGAGAAAAAGUGAAGUCAGCCAGUGACCCUCAGAGAAAGGAUGUGCUAAAGAAAGAGAUUGGCAGUCUAGAAGAAUUCUUUAAAGAUAUAAAGACUUGCCAUCUUCCUCUGAACCCGGCACUGUGCAUAAAAGGAAUUGAUCGGGAUGCUUGCUCGUAUUUCACAUCCAACGCUUCGCCAUUGAAGAUUACUUUCAUCAAUGCUAAUCCAAUGGGCAAAAAUAUCAGUGUUAUUUUUAAGGCCGGAGAUGAUCUUCGGCAGGAUAUGCUUGCUCUGCAGAUUAUUCAAGUGAUGGACAACGCUUGGCUGCAGGAGGGCCUCGAUAUGCAAAUGAUCACUUAUGGAUGUCUAUCCACAGGAAGAGCCCAAGGAUUCAUAGAGAUGGUGCCUGAUGCUGUAACCCUGGCCAAGAUCCAUCUGCACUCUGGGCUGAUCGGACCCCUGAAAGAAAACACCAUCAAGAAGUGGUUCAGUCAGCACAACCACUUAAAGGAAGAUUAUGAGAAGGCCUUGAGGAACUUCUUUUACUCUUGUGCUGGCUGGUGUGUGGUGACAUUCAUCUUGGGAGUCUGUGACCGACAUAAUGACAAUAUCAUGCUGACAAAGUCAGGUCACAUGUUUCAUAUUGACUUUGGAAAAUUCUUGGGUCAUGCGCAAACAUUUGGCGGUAUCAAAAGGGACAGAGCCCCUUUCAUUUUUACUUCAGAGAUGGAGUACUUUAUUACUGAGGGUGGAAAAAACACACAGCAUUUUCAAGACUUCGUGGAGCUUUGCUGCAGAGCUUACAACAUCGUCAGGAAACACAGCCAGUUGAUCCUGAGCCUUCUAGAGAUGAUGCUGCAUGCAGGACUGCCUGAGCUAAGGGGAAUCGAAGACCUGAAGUAUGUACAUAACAAUCUUCGCCCACAAGACACAGACCUGGAAGCCACAAGUCAUUUCACCAAGAAGAUAAAGGAAAGUCUGGAGUGUUUCCCAGUGAAAUUGAAUAACCUGAUCCACACACUUGCACAGAUGCCAGCCUUAAGCCUUGCCAAACCUGCCCCUCAGACUCUUCUCCAGGAAUCCUGCAUCCUGAAUAAGACCAGGACAAUUCAGAGAGUCACAAUUUUAGGGUUCAGCAAGACACACAGCAACCUGUACCUGAUGGAGGUGACAUGCAGUGACAAUAGGAGAAGCCUGACCAAGAAGUCCUUCGAGCAGUUUUACAGACUUCACAGCCAAAUGCAGAAGCAGUUCUCCUCCUUGGCUCUCCCAGAAUUUCCUCACUGGUGGCAUCUACCUUUCACAGACUCAGAUCACAAGAGAAUCAGAGAUCUGAGUCACUACGUGGAACAGGUGCUACGCGGAUCUUAUGAAGUUGCAAACAGUGAUUGUGUACUUAGCUUUUUUCUCUCUGAACAUAUUCAACCAACACUUGAAGACUCUCCAUUUGUGGACCCAGGUGAGAACUCUCUAGACAAGAGCCCUAAGGUGCAGUUACUGAUGACGUAUGAGGACUCGAGGCUCACCAUCCUAGUGAAACACUUGAAAAACAUCCAUCUCCCAGAUGGCUCUGUGCCCAGUGCACAUGUUGAAAUUUAUCUUCUACCACAUCCCAGUGAAGUUCGGAGAAAGAAAACAAAGUGUGUUCCAAAAUGCACUGACCCAACUUACAAUGAAAUUGUGGUAUAUGAUGAAGUCUUGGGGCUCCAGGGCCAUGUUUUAAUGCUUAUCGUGAAGAGCAAAACUGUAUUUGUGGGAGCAGUUAACAUCCAGCUCUGCAGUGUACCCCUCAAUGAAGAAAAGUGGUACCCACUAGGAAACAGUAUCAUCUGACUAACGCCACGAGCGUAUGCAUUACUGCUUAAGUACUUGUAUGUUUUCAGCUUCUACUUGCCUCUGUCACAUAUGCAAGGCAUCUUUCUCCUGGGAGAUAGCUUCGAGCAGUGGCUCUCAGCCUUCCUAAAGCUGUGGCCCUUUAAUAUAGCUCCUGGUGGUUGUAGUGACCCAAACCAUAAAAUUACUUUAGUUGCUACUUCAUAAUUGUAAUUUUGAUACUGUUGUGAAUUGCAAUGUAAUUAUCUGAUAUACAGGAUCUCUACUAUGUGACCCAUGUGAUAAAAGGGACAUUUGACUCCCCCAAAGGGCCGUGGCCUAUGGGUUGAGAACCAUAGAAUGUGAAGGUUACAAAAGAACCAGAUCAAAAUCUGCCUUUUGUAGCUAUUUCUUCCCUAUCUUGUCCUUAUUUUCUUAUCAUAUUUUCUCCUUGGAAUAUCCAUCAUGUAAAAUUCCAUAUGCAAAGUAAUCAAAGAGUGAUUAUUUUCAAUAUGCAUUUUGAAAGCAACGUAAGUUCACAUUUUGUCUUAAUUGCUUGUUGAGGUCAAAAAUUAUAUUUUCAAGGUGUUUCUCUAAAGCUGGGAGAAGUUCAUGAAUGAAUCUAAAGGCUAAGAAUACCUGCAAUAUAUUCCAAGCUUAAAUAUGUGUACAAACCACAUGUCUAGUCAUGAGUGGAUUUACUGAGAGAACUGGUGAUCUCCCACCAUAUGCUAUAAUUUUUCUAUCAAGAAAAGGCCUAAGAUUUUCUAUUACAUAGAUUUUUUUCUUUAAGAAUUUCAUGCCUAUAUAUAAUGCCUUUCAUUACUCUAGUUUCUCUCUGUUUUUGUUGCUCCCACACCCAUCAACAACUGUUCUUCUCAAAAAAAUCCUGUAUUCCUAUAGGAAAUUUUGUUUUUAAGAUGGGAAUCUUGCUAUAUAUCCUAGCUGACCUAGAACUUACUAUGUAGACCAAGCUGGGCCCAAAAUCACAGUGGUCCUCCUGCCUCUGUUUCCCUAUGGCUGGGACUCCAAAUCAUUGGUCCUGAUCUGUAAUCUUUAAAUUCAGUUCUUAGAAUUUGAUGUUGACUAAUCCAUUGUCAUUGUGUCUCCCAGCCUCCAAUGUGCUCACACCUUAAGUCUUACUAAUCCCAAACUCAGAAUGUCAGACUUUCAAGUUCACUGUUUAUAACUCUUUUUCACUUGUUAAAUGCUAUCAUUGCACUCGAACCUACCCCCUGUUCUCACCAUGAACAGAGUAGAUGAUCUUACAGAGUGUUACCAGCAUAGUAGACAAACCCAGAGUAGUGCGCCUUCAAGAUAAUCAAACUGGAGGUUCUAAAAAUAAAACAUCUACCAUGUAAA